GGCCGCCGCCAGCCCCCGCCGCUCGGGCUGAGGCGGGCCGGGCCGGGCCGGGCCGGGCCGGGCCGGGUCGGAGGGGCGGUGGCCCGGCCGUCGCAGGCUGGGUCCUGCUCGCCGCCGCCACUCAUCGCCGUCAUGAGCGCCCGGCCGGCCGUGGGUGAGGUGGCGGGCGGCGCCGCGCCCCCGGCGCUGCCCAGGGUGCUCUCAGCCCUCUUCUAUGGGACGUGCUCCUUCCUCAUCGUGCUGGUCAACAAGGCCCUGCUCAGCGCCUACAGCUUCCCAUCACCCAUGUUUCUAGGAAUUGGACAGAUGGCAGCCACUAUACUUAUCUUGUAUGUGUCAAAAUUAAAUAAGAUUGUUCACUUCCCCGAUUUUGACAAAAGUAUACCUGUGAAGUUGUUUCCUCUGCCUCUGAUUUAUGUUGGAAACCACAUAAGUGGAUUAUCAAGUACCAGCAAACUCAGUUUGCCGAUGUUUACAGUGCUCAGGAAGUUUACCAUUCCACUUACUUUACUGCUGGAAAUCAUCAUACUUGGGAAACGAUACCCACUGAGUAUUAUAGUCAGCGUAUUUGCCAUCAUUCUCGGGGCUUUCAUAGCAGCUGGGUCUGAUCUGUCUUUUAAUCUGGAGGGCUACACCUUUGUAUUGCUAAAUGAUAUCUUCACAGCGGCAAAUGGAGUUUACACAAAGCAGAAAAUUGAUCCAAAGGAGUUGGGAAAAUACGGUGUCCUUUUCUAUAAUGCUUGCUUCAUGGUGGUUCCAACAGUUAUUAUUAGCUUUUCUACUGGAGACUUUCAGCAGGUGACACAUUUCCAACACUGGACAAAUUUUUUAUUUGUCUUUCAAUUUAUUCUUUCCUGCUUGUUGGGGUUUCUCUUGAUGUAUUCUACUGUCCUAUGCAGUCAUUACAAUUCUGCACUCACAACGACAGUGGUUGGUGCCAUCAAGAAUAUAUCCGUUGCUUACAUUGGAAUGUUGAUUGGUGGAGAUUACAUAUUCUCCGUGUUAAACUUUAUAGGACUAAAUAUUUGUAUGGCAGGAGGACUGAGAUACUCGUUUUUAACCUUAAGAGGAAACAGCAAGCCUAUGCAACCUGGGGAUGAAGAGAAUGCACUUCCUGAGGCAAAGAGUUAACCAAAAUGCCUGCCUUGAAGGAGACUGAAGAUACAAGUUUAGCAUCACUGAGGACUUAAAUAAGUAUAUGCUGGAAAAUAUUUGGAACAAGAAGAAAAAUCUACCUCAAUUGCCACAGAUAUGCACACAGUUCAUUGGUUCAGAAAUAUUCUUGCACACCAUGUUUUUUACAUGUGGACAAGUUUAAUUUUAGCUUUUUUUUACACCACAAGCUGAUUUAUAGGAAGGAAUGCCAUGAACAAAUCUCAAAUUGUAAAAUUCUUCAUUUACCUGUACUUUGGUGCUAUUUGUACUUAACAAGAUCUGUGAGUUCUGUUUCAGUGUCUGCUGGUACUCUCUGAGGCAAAACUCCCUGUAAAGAUCAUGAGGCUUGAUUCACCAUUGCCUUAUGCCAUGUGCAAUCUUUGAUACCAGUGAAAAGAUGGAAGAUGCUAGUGAUUCAGAAUGAUUUCACAUAUGCAUUUGCUCUUGUAUAAAUGAUGUAGAAUGUAUAGGGCAAAGAGGAGAUGUACCCUCAGAUUGUUCCCUGUGUAAGUGUUGACUAAAGAAUUCAGGAUAUCACCUAGUCUGUUCAGAGUACAUUGCAUAGACAUUCUCUCUCCCUUUUUUCCUCAUCCUAAAUAACAUCAUGGUGUUCUGCUUGUGUGUGAACCAGUACCAAACAGGUGAUUAGGAGAGAUAACAAAGGUAAAUCUAUUUUUGUUUAGGUACAUUCAUCUUUUUAUAUCACAGUCCUCUGAUGUUUUGUCUGUAACUGUCUUGAUGCUGCAGAGAAGUGAUGCUACUAUGUACGAACUACAAAAGGGGAAACUGAUGUAUGAAAGAGUAACGUCUGUUUAAAUGAGGAGAAAGGCUCAGUGUCAUGUUGUCUUACAUAUGUAGUGAAAGCUUAUCUGGUACUAGUUUAUGCUUAAAAUUCAGAUCAAGGAAUCAACAAAUUCAGUGGGUUGCUACACUGGGCAAGGCUGGUCCAGUGGUUAAAAAAAAAAGCCUAGAAUUUGGUGGUCUGGGUUAUCAUCUGGGACAAUAAUGGCACUGCUCUGUAUCUUUAUUUCUUUGUCUGAAAAUAUAGUUGAUAAUGCUUA